GGCCAUGCAGGCUGCUGGCUUUAAUUCCAUCCUCUCCCUGAGGCAGUUUGUCCUGCUCGCCAGGCGCCAGUUUUCCGCCACAGCGCAAUCCGCACUUUCCGGCUCCCAAACAAAUGACCCGGAAUUGCCGCCAGCCACCACGAAAUCCGCGAACAAAAUGCGCGGAUGGCAGCUGCACAAUUACGGCGAUAUAGAUGAACUGCAGCUCUCCGACAAGCUGAAGAUCCCCCAGAUCCGCAACUCCAACGAGUGCCUGGUGAGGAUCAGUGCGACGGCAGUGAAUCCCAUUGACCUGGCCAUGCUCCGCGGAUACGGGGCCACUGUGCUGAACAAGAUGCGCUGCCAGCCGGGCGACGGCAUCGAGUUCCCGCUCAUCCUGGGCCGCGAGUUCUGCGGCGAGCUGGUGCAGACGGGCAUGGGUGUUUCACUGCCCCUGGGAUCGCGUGUUUGGGGAGUGGUGCCUCUGCAGGCCAGCGGAGGAGCCCAUGCUGAGUAUGUAGCAGUUCCUUCAUACUGUCUCGCUCCUGCCCCCAAAGAACUGGAUGACUGCGAGGCCGCCAGUGUGUUGUACGCCGGAUUGACUGCCUGGUCUGGUCUUUACAUAACCGGAGGUCUAGGAGGACCUUGUGGAGCCACCACAGCUGCCGGCGGAGGUGCCCACAAGCGUGUCCUAGUGCUGGGCGGCUCCGGUGGCGUUGGCACUUUAGCGAUUCAAAUCCUCAAGUCGCAAAAAGUCCAGGUUCUAGCUACAUGCAGUGAAAAUGCCGUAGAAAUGGUGCGCAAUCUGGGUGCCGACUUCGUUGUGGACUACAACAACAGCGAGGCCUUGGAGGAGCUGUGCAAGUACGCACCCUACGACAUCGUACUCGACUGUGCCGGUCAAGGAGGCCAGAAGGCGGCGGAGUCAAAGUUCGAUUUCCGGCAGUACAUCACCUUCUCUUCCCCAUUGCUGGCCAACAUUGACAAGCAGGGACUGGGACUGGGAGCGCUGAAGAAUGUGUUUGACCUGGUCCAGACCAACCUGAAGUCCGUCUCGCAGCGCGGAGGUCUUGUGAAGUGGGGCUUCUUCAGUCCCGCUCCCCAGGGCAUUCAGUUCCUGCAGAAACUGGUGGAGCAACGAAAGCUGAUGCCUCUGAUCGAUAGCAGCUACGGGUUCGCUGAUCUGCCUAAGGCCUUUAAGAAGAUGAAAGGCGGACACUUGCGGGGCAAGAUAGUGGUGAAGCUCUGAGCGAAUGACUGACUGAUAUUGUUGUUUGUGUUCCAUUAAAGACUUGUGUUGGUUAAUUAAAACACUA